CAGAACACUCUGCUGGCUCCCCCAGCACUACAUUCAGCCGGAGCUGCUGGGACAGAGCCCUUACUUUACUCAUGCACGGCCUUAUCUUUAAAGUUUCACCCCCAGAGCCUCCCAUCAGGCUCCGAAAGGCGCUGCCCCACAGUACCCGGUCCCCAGGCCGGCCCCCGGCCGCCAUUUCCCGGCCGGCACGCAGGCGCGGCGGGACGCUGUGCAGGGCGCAGGCCCGGCGGAGCGGCGCGGAGGCGGGUUUGAACGGUGGCGGCUACCGGAGCCUGCGGGGCUGGUGCUGUGCCCGGCUGCUGAUGGAGCCCGUCCUGAAAGGUAUUUGUGCAUUUGUAGAAGUUUGGUCAUCUAACAGAACAGAAAAUUAUUCGAAAGCCUUUGAGAAGCAACUUCUUGACAUGGGAGCAAAAGUUUCAAAAACUUUCAACAAGCAUGUGACUCACGUGGUCUUCAAAGAAGGACGUUCGGCUACAUGGAGAAAAGCACAGAAGGCUGGUGUAAAAAUAGUUUCUGUAUUAUGGGUGGAGAAGUGUCGAGAAACUGGAAUACGUGUUGAUGAAUCUUUAUUUCCUGCAGUAUACAAUAAUGAAGGAUUACUGCUAAAACACAAAUGUAUGCAGCCAAAAGACUUUGUAGAAAAAUCUCCAGAAAAUGAUAGAAAGCUGCAGAGAAGACUGGACAAGAUGGCUAAAGAAUUAGCUAAACAAAAGAUAGGAAUUAAUGCAGAAACUGAUACGCCAGUUUUAUUAUUUGAAGAUGAUGGUUCACUUGUGUAUAGCCCUGUUAAUAAAAUAAGAAAUCAAAGCAGUGCAGCGGAAAGAAGAAUAAAGGAGAUUAAGGAAAAAAGAGAAAAUCUUUCUCCUACUGCUUCACCAAUGUCUCAAACACCUCCACGUAGUUUACCAGGAGACUGCCCGCUGUCCACCUGUUUAACAAAUGCAGAAGAUGCAUCGUUACAAGAAGAACAAAUGGAAGUCUGCUUAAACUCAAGUGUUGAUGAUCUCUGGGGAACUGAUAAAUCAAAGAGACAGAAAAAAGAGAUAGCAGAACCCACCUGUGAUACUCAGACUCAUAUUCAUGUUUCCAGAAGUGCAUCAGUGAAUUCUCCCUCAUGUAGCUAUGACCAGAAGAGCUUAAUCCCAAAACAACCUAACAGAAGAAGCCUAAGUAAAAAAAAGAUUUUGCAGCGUACUUUCAAUGAUAAUUUAGAAAAAGAUCUAGAAAAGUUUCCAGAGAAAAAUCAGAAGGAUGAAAAUACCAUGACUACUUCAGUUGCAAACAAAAAUUCUCCUCUCCAAAUCAAGGACUUGGGUUCUUUUACUCCUUCCCGAAAAACAGCCAAGUUAAAUACUGUUCCUGCUUUGAUUCACAGUCUCUCUAAUUCACCUGUGAGCAGCGGAGACUUAAAUACAUGUUCAUGUGAUAGAAGUUUCCCUGUUGACAGAAGUGAUUGUCUUCUGGAACACAAAAAGAGGAAGAAACUACAAACAGUGGUUAGCGUGAAACUGUCCUCUUCUGAACUGCGUGCAUCAGGGUCUAAAAAUGAGUUCUUGCAAGGAGUUAAUACUUACAGCAACGAUUGGUGCACUGAAGAUGCUUCUUAUGAAGACUUCUUUUCCUCAUAUAAUUUGAAUAAAAAUGAAGUACAGGUACAAGUCCCACAAGAAUCACAGAAUCCUUCUGAUCUUUCUUGCAAAGAGUCUUUAAGAAGCAUGGACUCAAUUGAUAUGGGUUCCUGUAAGCCACGUACUGCUUCUGAGAAAAGCAGAAAGAAGUCUAUUCAAGCAAACGAUCUUUCAGUAAAGAAAACAUUCAAACCAGCUGAACAUACAGAAAGUGUGUCAUUGAAUUGCAUGUCUGAUGGUGAAAAAGCUGAGAUUGCAGAAGCUCUAGAUUCAGAUCUUGUGAAUAAACGGCCUCAGCAUGCUCAUGAAAAAUCCUAUGGAACUGAUAUAAAUUACUGUACUCGUGCUACUGGUGAUGAAACUGAAGUUUCAGAGUGUGAUGUUACUGAUGGCUCUUGCAAAGCUUUUAAUGAACAAAAGAAUAAGCACAAUGGGGGGGUGAGAAAAACUAGAAGACUCCAAAAGCCAACAAGAACACUAGUUAUGACGAGUAUGUCUUCUGAGGAGCAAAAUACAGUAAUUCAGGUGGUGAAUAAACUUGGAGACUUCUUGUUCUCAAAUGUUGUAUGUGAAACAACAAGUCACGUAGUUACGGGGAGUCCUCGUCGUACCUUGAAUGUUAUGUUGGGAAUUGCUCGUGGGUGUUGGAUUGUUUCUUAUGAAUGGGUUCUGUGGUCUUUGGAAGUUGGCCAUUGGAUCUCAGAGGAACCAUAUGAACUUUCAUCCGACUUCCCUGCAGCUCCUAUCUGCAGACUUCAGCGUCACCUAUCAACAGGAAACUACCAGCAGAAUCUCUUUUCAAACCAGCCUGUAAUGUUUGUAUCUCCCACCAGUCAGCCACCCUGCAAAAAUCUGAUUGAACUUAUACAACUGUCAGGAGGAAAAGUAUGUAAAGCCUUACGUCAGGCAAAAAUCUGCAUAGGAAAAUACCCAGGAAAGAAGUACCAGGAAAUAAAAUGUUUAUCAGAAAAAUGGAUAUUAGAUUCAGUCACUCAGCAUACAGUAUGUCCUAUGGAAAACUACAUUUUUCAGCUGUGAGCUAACUCAAGAGCUUCCAUAUGGCUGCAAGGAACCAAGCCUGGUUUGGCUUCAACAACAAACUAAGCUGUGAAUAAAAUUUCUAAGAGAAUGCAAGUUACAUAUUUAUUAAAUACGGUGAAAUGUUUUCUACAUUUUUAUUACUUAUAUAAAUGUUUAUCUUGUGAUUAUUUUUUAAUAAUAAAGUUCUUCCCAAAU